CCUCUUCCGCGCAUGAGAUAUAUUUCCCUUGUUUUCUACUCCGCAGAUUUGACAAGGUCCUCCCUUCACGCUUUCGAUAAAACAAGAGCACACACAUACACAUCCACCGAAGUCCGCCAAACUUGAGCCUCCACACCUCAAAGUCUCCCUCUGUUUUCUCGCUUCAGAAGAUCCGCACCCACGAUCUCACUAGCCCAUGAGCACGACCUAAAAAGAAGCACGAGCACCGUUCUCAAGAUGCAGUACCUCUCCCUCCUCGGCCCCAUAGCCUACUUAGGCAUUCUCAUCGGCUCGAUGGCGACCUUCUCACACCUCUACCGCCAAAGACAAGUCAACUCCAAACUACGGUUGGCCCCUUACUUCGGCCCUCACACCACCCGCAACAUCUACCUAUCACUACUCCAUCUACAAGACGACCAAAAAGUUCCCGAGAGCGUGCUUCGCGCCGCCUUGUUGGCCAGAGCGAACGAAGACAUCCAGCGGAUAAUGGAGGUGCGCACACGGAAACCGGCACUCGCCCAACUUCUCCAGCGCGGCGUCGUAGGCGACGAGAUCUUCCAGCGUUUACAGCGUGCGGAGCAAGAACUUGAGAUCGAGUUGAAAGAUGUGGUUGCUGAGGCUAACGCGUUGGCGCCGAAUUGGGGGUCAAGUAUCUUCCAGAGCGCAAGUGAGAUGGUGCCAAACAAACUGUUACGGGAAAAACUGGAGGUGAUCAAAACGAGGUUGCCGGCGGAGAAGGAGGCUUGGAAUGCGCAGAGAGAGAAGUCACGACGAGAAUUAGAAGGUGAUGGUGAUGUGCUGGGACAGCCCUCUUCGGUGGUCGUAGAGCCAGCUGCCACGCCACAAAAGAUGAUACCGGUCAAGGCUGCAAGUAGUGAUGAGGAUGGUGUUAUUGUCGAGACUCCUGCUACUGAACCUACGACACCCGGUGGAGGCGGCAAGAGCAAGAAGAAAAAGGGAAAGAAAUGAGAUUGAGAAUACCUGGGCACCGUCACCUGUAUUAACAUGUCUAUUUGCUUCCCUGACACAGGGAUUUCUUCAUGAGCGCGCAUAGCGGGUCGGCAGUCAACCAAAAAGCCCGAGUCUGGAG